GACGAGGUUUAUGUGUGCAAGGGCCCUUCAAGAGCAGAGUGUCGGUCUAUUAUAUGCGUGACGUCUGUACGUCACGGUCAUUUCAGCAGGCAACCUCCUCAUUUGUACAUUACAGCAAUCGAGCAAAAGAAAGGAGGGAAGACAGUUCCCCAAAUACCCUAGUAAUAACCGGUAACCUCCUUUUUGUGUCUUCGGGCCGGCCUCUGGCCCGCCUCGAGAUAUAUUACCAACAUCAUGAAUUGGAACAAGGGUGGACCUGGCACUAAGAGAGGCUUUGGUUUUGGUGGCUUUUCAAUAUCCUCUGGAAAGAAGGAGGAGCCCAAGCUGCCACAACAAUCCCAUAGUGCUUUUGGAGCCCCUGGUUCUUCUGGGUUUGGGAAGACACCACCACCUCAGCUGCCAUCCUUUUACAAGAUUGGAUCUAAACGAGCAAAUUUUGAUGAAGAGAAUGCAUACUUUGAAGAUGAGGAGGAAGAUUCCAAUAAUGUUGACUUGCCAUACAUUCCUGCUGAAAACUCUCCUACUCGUCAGCAAUUCCAUUCCAAAGCAACUGAUUCAGAUAGUGAGGAUGACCCAUUGGAGGCAUUCAUGGCUGAAGUGGAAGAUCAAGCUGCUAGAGACAUGAAAAGAUUAGAAGAUAAAGAUAAGGAAAGAAAGAAUUCAAAGGGUAUACGCGAUGAUAUUGAAGAAGAAGAUGAUCAAGAAGCUUAUUUCCGUUACAUGGCUGAAAACCCCACUGCUGGUGUGGUUCCAGAAGAGGAGGAAGAUAACUUGGAGUAUGAUAGUGAUGGCAAUCCAAUAGCACCAUCUAAAAAAAUUAUUGAUCCUCUGCCACCUAUUGAUCAUUCAGAGAUUGAAUACCCGCCGUUUGAGAAAAACUUCUAUGACGAGCAUGAAGAAAUCACCAGUCUCACUCCACAACAAGUAGUGGAGUUGCGCCAUAAGUUAAAUCUCCGGGUUUCUGGUGCUGCUCCUCCAAGGCCAGGAAGUAGUUUUGCUCAUUUUGGUUUUGAUGAGCAACUUAUGCACCAAAUCAGAAAAUCAGAAUACACGCAACCCACUCCUAUCCAGUGUCAAGGUAUUCCAGUGGCACUCAGUGGUAGAGACAUGAUUGGCAUUGCAAAAACUGGCAGUGGAAAAACUGCAGCGUUCAUUUGGCCCAUGUUAAUCCACAUUAUGGAUCAGAAAGAGCUGGAGCCAGGUGAUGGUCCCAUUGCAGUAAUUGUAUGUCCCACUAGAGAAUUGUGCCAACAGAUCCAUGCUGAAUGCAAGCGUUUUGGAAAAGCCUACAAUCUGCGAUCUGUAGCUGUAUAUGGUGGAGGAAGCAUGUGGGAACAGGCCAAGGCACUUCAGGAAGGGGCAGAAAUUGUUGUCUGUACUCCGGGCCGUUUGAUUGAUCAUGUGAAGAAGAAAGCCACAAAUCUUCAGAGAGUCACUUACCUUGUGUUUGAUGAGGCUGACAGGAUGUUUGAUAUGGGUUUUGAGUAUCAAGUCCGAUCAAUUGCCAGUCAUGUCCGCCCUGAAAGACAAACUCUUCUGUUCAGUGCAACUUUUCGGAAGAAGAUUGAGAAACUGGCCAGGGAUAUUCUGAUUGAUCCAAUUCGAGUGGUGCAGGGAGAUAUUGGAGAGGCAAAUGAAGAUAUCACUCAAAUUGUGGAGAUCCUCAGCUCUGGUCCAAAUAAAUGGAACUGGCUGACUGGUCGUCUAGUGGAAUUCACUUCUUCAGGGAGUGUCCUCCUUUUUGUCACCAAGAAGGCAAAUGCAGAAGAAUUGGCCAACAACCUUAAACAGGAGGGGCACAGUCUAGGGCUCCUGCAUGGUGAUAUGGACCAGAGUGAAAGGAACAAAGUCAUCUCAGAUUUCAAGAAAGGGACCUUUCCAGUUCUGGUUGCUACAGAUGUGGCUGCUCGUGGUCUGGAUAUUCCUUCCAUUAAGACUGUGAUCAAUUAUGACGUGGCUCGCGAUAUUGAUACUCAUACUCAUCGAAUUGGUCGUACUGGUAGAGCAGGGGAAAAGGGUGUGGCCUACACCUUGUUAACUCAGAAAGAUAGCAACUUUGCUGGAGAUCUUGUUCGGAAUUUGGAAGGAGCCAAUCAGAACGUUUCCAAAGAACUUUUGGAUUUAGCUAUGCAGAAUGCUUGGUUCCGGAAAUCGCGUUUCAAGGGAGGGAAGGGCAAGAAGCUAAAUAUUGGUGGUGGUGGCCUGGGAUACCGUGAGCGGCCUGGCUUAGGAUCAGAGAAUGUGGAUCGGGGAAACAACAGUGUAAUGGUCAACUAUGAAGCAUAUAAACCAUCCUCAGGAGCAAUGGGGGACAGGUUAUCUGCAAUGAAAGCAGCGUUUCAGUCCCAGUAUAAGAGCCAUUUUGUUGCUGCCAGCUUUAGCAACCAGAAGACGGGAAGUUCUUCAGCAGGUGCCAGUGGUUGGACCAGUGCAGGCAGUUUAAACUCUGUGCCAACAAAUUCAGCCCAGCAGAACUCAGCUAAACCUGACAGUCCCAUAGCAGUAUCAGGUUUAGCAAAAGGUAUCCCAGGUUUCACAAGUUCUGGAAACUUAAACAGCAUCUCUAGCUUUCCAAGUGCAGGCAUUCAGGGUUACAAUAGUGCAAAUGCCAUCAACAACAACAGAGAAGGCAACAGUGGAGGCAGGGAAAGAUACAAUGACAAUCGGGGUAGCAGUCGUCAUAGUGACAGCCAGCGCCAUGGAGAUAGCAGUCGCCAUAGUGAUGGCCAGCGCCAUGGGGAAGGCUAUCGCCAUGGAGAAAACCGCCAUGGGGAUAGCCAUAGACACAGUGAAGGCCGACACUCUGGAGGUGGGAGCAGCAGCAAUAGUCGCCAUGGAGACCCCAGAAAUAAUGGAGACAGCCGGAACAACAAUGACCGGAACAACAAUGAAAACAGAAAUAUUGAAAAUAGGAAUAAUGAGAGCAAGAAAGAAAGCAGCAACCGAGACAACAGCAAGACAGAUGGUUUUGCAGUUCCUGAACCCCCCAAGCGCAAGAAAAGUCGGUGGGAUAGUUAAGCAUCUGUGCUUCCCCUCAAAUGGCAAGGUGUUUCUCUGAAAGGUCUCAGUACCAGAAGUGGCUAUUUGGAAGGAUAAGAAUGGACAAUAGCAUUUCCCAAGGAAGCCUGACUCAGUACAUCCAAUAUUAACCACCUUUCCUUAACGCCACAUCGAUUUUAUGCUUUGGUCAAAAGAAAUUUUCCUUUUAAAUGUAAUUUCUUCAUGCUCUGCCUUUGAAAAAUCCGUCCAUCCUGAGUGGUUUUACAACACUGAUUAUCCUUUGGAAGAAUUUGUGAUUUUUAAAAAAACUAAAUAUUUCUAAACAUAGGAAUAAAUGGGAUAGGGUAUAUUUUAAUUCCCUCAUCAUAGACUUGACAGAAAGUGACUUGUUUAGGUGAUGUACCUACUCAUCCACCCUUUUAAUUUGUACAAUAAGAAUGCUUUACACAUUUUUGUUCUGGCUAUAGUGGCUGUCUGUGCCCAGGCAUGGAUCCUUAGUUCCGUUUUUGUUAAUUUCACGCAUAGGCACAGUUCACGGACUGUUUGAGAGUAAAUCAAACUGAUAAACCAGCAGAUAUUGUAAAGGUAUGAUGAUCCUUUUGGCAGAAAUCGAGGAUGGAAGAGAAUGGAAUUAGCUCUUUUACACCAACAUCUUGGAUCAUGCAUGGAAAGCCUGCUGCUUCAUUAUGGCUUGUAUCAGUCUUUCAGCUGCUCUCUCUACUUUUAAUCUGAUGAAAUAGCACUGAUUAAUUUAAAUCCCUUUCAUUUUGAAUUACUGAAUACCAGGUUUGAUUUCCUUUUGUUUGUUUGUAUGUAUGUAUGUAUGUUUGUAUGUUUGUUUUGUCAGUUGUCCGUAGUUUCAGCAGUUAAGGCAACAGAUGCAGAUCACUCCAUCUUUUAUAUUCACUUAAUAGUAUCUGCAUGAUUGUAGCUAAAGGAGAAAGAAUUAGAAUUGUUUCUUAGAUGUGGAAAGACUACACAGCAGAUAUGUAGGCAAUAAUGCCACUUUCCCCUUUGUAUGUAAACUAGGUAAGACAAUGUCUUUGGCUGGAAUUUGACUCCUUUGAUUUAGUGCAAUUACAAUAGUGUGUAGAAUAAAACACAUUUCAUGGGACAAAUGGAAAUCUCCAUGUUAAUCUAUGCAACAUCCUAUCAUUUAUAUUUUAAAAGCUUCCUUGCAGAAGCAGAGAUUAAAGUGCACAAUAAAACUGGUAAUUGUAGCAGAUGUUUACUUAGACUGAAGCCUCUUUGUAUCUAGGAAUGAUCCAGGUUUACUUAUAUCGGCUUGUUAACAAGCAUACAUUCUUGAAGCUACAUUAACCUUGAAUAGAAAAGACAGACCAUGCAUGCAGCUAUUAAAACAUAGGAAGCAAGUAGGAUUAAUUUUGUUCUCAGCAAUAUUCAUUUAGAAUCUUUUGUUUGCUACUUUGUGGGUGUUUGCAAAGUUGUUCCUUCCUUAUACCCCCAAGAUUAGAUUCAGGAGUGUGGUGGAGAGGCACCUUUCAUGUAUCAAGUUUCUGUGAUUGGGGGGCGGGGGCAAGCUUAAACCUUGUACAUUUGGGAAUGAUUUUUUGAAGAAGCAGACAUGAGGACCUGGGCAAAACUUUUUUUCUAAAUGACUGUCAUACACCUCUGGAAAGUUGAUGCGAAAUGUUUUGCUUGGUAUUUUUAAUUGCAUGUUCUUAAACUUCUUUUACCAGAGAAAUAGGAAAAAAUAUCUUGUUUGUUGAAAUAUGUUCUUGCUUUGCAUUUUUAUGAAGAUAUAUCUGAAACUGUGUUAAGAUUCUGUGACAUGCCAUGUCCUUUACUUUCCAUGUUUUCUUCUAAUAAAUGUUUUAUUACUAGUAUAA